GCAUUACAUCAUAAUACAAAAUGGCGGCCACCAUAUGAAAUUUCGCGACCUUCCGAGUUUCCCUGUAUUUUCCACCAUUCCCAGAUAUCCGGAGCGCUUCAAGGUUUUCUCUGUUUCCUGAUCAGACGACCACGUAAACCACAGCCAAGUAUGGGGGACUGGAGAUUAGAGGUGUUCAGGUUGUCUGUGUACGUGUUUUUCCCUGUUGGAAUCUUCUGGUACUUCAACCAGCCUGACUACUUCGAGGAACACGUGACCAAACGGAGAGAGGAACGGCUCAAGAUGUACUCCAACCCUGAGUACCGCAGGGAAGUGGAGGAAUUUGCAGAAAGAAUGAAGAAAAAACAAGCAGACAGGCUGAAGAGAGAGGAAAGGGACUUCCAUGUUGACGAAGACUGAAUGAAAUGUACAUUUUUCUACUCA